CAUUACUUUGAAAGUCGCUCGAAAAUAAUCAAUGAGCUUCGCGUCAACAAGAAUAUUAACCCUUAUCCGCACAAGUUCCACGUGGAUCUUUCCAUCCCUGAAUUCAUCCAAAAGUACAGUAGCAUCGAGCCCAAUCAGCAAUUAGAUCAGAAGGUGAUAUCGGUCGCCGGUCGUGUACACGGUCAACGUUCUUCCGGAGCAAAGUUGAUCUUUUACGACUUGCACGGGGGAGGUGCAAGAAUUCAAAUAACAGCUAGAGCGCA